CGGCGGCUGCGUGUGCGGAGCGGCGGCAGAGCGCUGUGCGGUGGUGGCGGCGGCGGGAUGUUCAGCUGGCUGGGGAAGCAGGGCGGCGGGCGGGAGCGGGGCGGCGUGGGCAGCGACGUGGUGCAGACGGUCACCGGGGGGUUGCGGGACCUCUACCUCCGCAAGCUGCUGCCGCUGGAGGAACACUACCGCUUCCAUGACUUCCACUCGCCCGCCCUGGAGGAGGCCGACUUCGAGAACAAGCCCAUGGUGCUGCUGGUCGGGCAGUACAGCACCGGCAAGACCACCUUUAUCCGAUACCUGCUCGAACAAGACUUUCCAGGCAUGCGGAUUGGUCCAGAGCCUACCACAGAUUCUUUCAUUGCUGUGAUGUACGGAGAUUCAGAAGGAAAUGUUCCUGGAAAUGCCCUGGUUGUUGAUCCUAAGAAGCCGUUCCGCAAACUCAGCCGCUUUGGAAAUGCUUUCUUGAACAGGUUCAUGUGUUCUCAAUUACCUAAUCAGGUACUGAAGAGCAUCAGUAUUAUUGACAGCCCUGGCAUUCUCUCUGGAGAGAAGCAGCGCAUCAGCAGAGGCUAUGACUUCUGCCAAGUCCUCCAGUGGUUUGCUGAGAGGGUGGACCGCAUCAUCCUCCUUUUUGAUGCCCAUAAGCUGGAUAUAUCUGAUGAGUUUUCAGAGGCUAUUAAGUCAUUCCGGGGCCAGGAUGACAAGAUUCGAGUGGUGCUUAAUAAGGCUGACCAAGUGGACACACAGCAGCUGAUGAGGGUCUACGGUGCACUCAUGUGGUCCCUGGGAAAGGUGAUCAACACUCCAGAGGUGCUGCGGGUCUACAUUGGCUCCUUCUGGGCCCAUCCUCUCCGAAACACAGACAAUCGAAGACUCUUUGAAGCUGAGGCACAGGAUCUUUUCAAGGAUAUCCAGAGUCUCCCGCAAAAGGCCGCUGUGCGGAAACUCAAUGACCUCAUUAAGAGGGCGAGACUUGCAAAGGUUCAUGCUUAUAUCAUCAGUUAUCUGAAAAAAGAAAUGCCCUCUGUUUUCGGGAAAGAGAACAAGAAGAAGGAACUGAUCAGCAGAUUACCAGAGAUCUACAUCCAACUGCAAAGGGAACACCAUAUCUCAGCAGGGGACUUCCCUGAAGUCAGUAAAAUGCAGGAGCUGUUGGAGAAUUGUGACUUCACUAAAUUUCACUCUUUGAAGCCAAAGCUAAUUGAAGCUGUGGAUAACAUGCUGGCCAACAAAAUUGCCUCCCUGAUGAGCCUGAUCAGCCAGGAAGAGAGCAAUAUGCCCACAGAGAUGGUACAUGGUGGAGCAUUUGAUGGCACCAUGGCAGGACCCUUUGGCCACGGAUAUGGAGAAGGUGUUAAGGAAGGAGCUGAUGAAGAGGAAUGGGUUGUUGCCAAAGAUAAACCUGCUUAUGAUGAGAUUUUCUACACUCUGUCACCAAUCAAUGGCAAAAUAUCUGGGAUCAGCGCAAAGAAGGAGAUGGUGACUUCUAAACUACCCAACAGUGUCUUGGGGAAGAUCUGGAAACUCGCAGACUGUGAUGGUGAUGGGAUGUUGGAUGAUGAGGAGUUUGCAUUAGCAAAACACCUUAUCAAGAUUAAACUGGAUGGAUAUGAACUUCCAGGCACACUACCUUCCCACCUGGUGCCACCAUCUCACAGGAAACCUUUGCAGACAGCAGAGUGAAAAAUACAAGAAUGAGGGUUUUGGAAAUCUUUCUGUGUUGAAACCACCAAAAUUUGAAAUUAGUCUUAGAUCCUUAAACCUCACAGCACAUUUCAUGCAAGUUACUGAAAUUAGAAGCAUAGUAGCAGGGAAACAUUCAUGUACUUGUCCCUGCUGACCUUCACUGAGACAUGCUUAUCACAAGUGCCUUGUAUAGAUCUAUCAUAAUGUGUGAUGGCAAGGUGAAAAUGUUUUUGUAGUCCCGCUUCCAUGUCUUGCUGCCUUUAUAACCAUAAAGCAGAAAAGACCAUGUAUACAAAGCACUGACCUUCACCAAAACUAAAUGCUUUUAUCAACCAUAAGUUUUCCCAAACUAUUUUAAAUAGUGCAAGGAAGCUCUAAAUGUUAAAUGCACCUGCCUAUGCAAGGAACGUUUUCUAUGCUAGAAACAUACUUUAGGCAUCGAGUGAAUGUCAGCAUCUCUAUAGUUUAAGAAAAGCCAGGUAUAAAAGGAAAUUUUAUUUUUGUUCUUUUUUCUUUAUUUAAUUUGGGGGUAGAAGAAGAGAGAAGAGUGAUGGAGAGAGUCUGAGAGUCUUUUAAGUGCUCAGAAUAUGAGCAGACUUGUUUUAGAACAACUUUGCUGAUUUGCUAAAACUGUAAAAUAUUAAAAUGAUUCUUUCAAUCUGUCAUCACUGUGUCUUGUCAGAACUCCUCCUUCAGUUUUAUGCAGCACUAUAUACUCAGUAUUAAUGUUAAAAGAACUGAAUGUUCUUUGCUCCUUGGAUUUGUAGUCUCUUUUGAGGUUUCAGUUUAGCUGCUCUGCAGACAAUAAAUUCCUGACUUGUUCAAAGUGA